AUUAUGACAUUAUGGAACCGCCCGACCUGAGCCUACUGAUGAAUUGCGUAAAAGACUUGGCAACACAAAAGGAAACCAAUGCAUCUCCAUCUUCUUCCUCCCGGCCUGUCGGGAACCCAUCAAAGGCGAAUUUCGAAACUCUUAAUAAAUAUGAAAAACCAACUCCACAAUAUUUCGAUAUUAAUAAAGAUGGUUUCGAAGAUGCAAUGGAUAUCAAUGAUGAUCCUCGCAACGUUUAUGAUGAAGAACCAUCUUGCAGUUUUUCGAUUUCUGGAAGAGAAGCGCGAAACGAUCCCAAUAAUGAAAAGAACAUCUCGGUUCAAAUGGACGUGACGCGUAUGGAUGACGACGAUGAUGAAUCAAUUCAGCGCGGUUCUUUCAAAGGUCACCGCUUACCAUCACCGUCAUCGUCAUCAUCCAACAGACGAUGUCUAGGUGACAAGCUGUCCACGCCGGGACUGUCUAAAAAGAGAAUUCUGGGAUCAAUGAAUCAGUCCAUCAGAAAAGGAAAAUUCGUUUCACCAUUGCUAAAACGCAAAGAAAAUCGUGGAGACGGUUCAAAGUAUAGCAGAAAAGAUUAUUCUUACAACACUUUGGUUUCUAAAAGGAAUGAGGAUACUGAGGAGGAAAUAGAUGAAAGAUUAAAGAACAUCGAACCAAAGAUGAUAGAAUUAAUCCAAAACGAG